AUGGCAGCUUCUAUAGACAGAGCAGUGGGGAAAGUGGUCCACCAGGAAGGAGUGGUGGCCAGAGAGGAGGUAGACACCAUAGAGCCAAGGCAGGACCAUGGCUCUGUGCUGCCCAGGCAGCUUACCAGGCCAUCCAUUCAGGCAAUGGACUCUUAUGGAAACCCGAAGAACACAGUUACCCCUGAAACUUCUCUUCAGUUCCAAGGACUCCAGGAGUUUAUCACAAUCUCCCCAGACAAUUCGCCCACUGAGGUAGACGACUUUAAAUUUCUGUUGUCAGAUGUGAAUAAAGACAACCAUCGAGACCCGACCCAACAAACCAUCUCAAGCUACAGGCCCUCACAGCCCAGUUGCUCACACUCAAUGCAAGAUAGCAUGAUGGGGUAUGUGACAACCAAGUCAAAUCUGAUGACACAAGUCAGCAAGGCCCAGGCAGAGAUGGACUCCUGCAACAAAUGGAAAAAUAUGAGAAAACCAUAUCUAGGGAAAAGAGCUCCAAUUCGGAAAGCACCUCAAAUCAUUCCAGAUCCAGUGCCUGAGAGAAAAAGAACAGCUCCCAUUAACCCUGCAUAUACAAUCCGAAAAUCACGCGUGGCCAACAGUGUCCAUAUGCGGCCAUAUAGGGACAGGGUGAUUCACUUAUUGGCUCUGAAGAACUACAAGAAACCUGAGCUGCUUCUUCGACUUCAGAAAGAUGGCAUCUCCCAAAAUGACAGGAACUCCCUUGGAAGAAUUCUGGAGCAAGUAGCCAAUCUGAAUACUCAGGAUUUUUCAUAUACCUUGAAGGAUUAUGUUUUUCAAGAGCUCCAAAGAGACUGGCCUGGCUACAGUGACCUAGAGAGGCAGUCACUGGAGUUGGUGCUUUCCAGAAAAGGAGGUCCAUUUCAGAAUGCUACUGGCACCAGUCCCCGAGGAUCUUCUACAGGUUUUAGUAAAGAUGAAACAUCAUCUUCUCAGGGAGAGCUUUUCAAUUCAGCUGUUAUUAAUUGUUUCAAGAGUAAAAAAGUUAGAAUAUCUCACCUGACAGCUAGAGUAAAGUCAACAUCAAAUGGUCUUUUGAGUAACACCAGUGCAGCAUCUGUGCUGGGUCACCCACCAGCCUCUGAAGCUGCUGCCAAGCCCAUCCCUCCGCCAUUGCCCACAACCCGCUUUCGGAUUUCAAAUCCCUCUCAGCCUGCAUACUCCAACUGCAGUUCCUACAGUUUCCUGGAGAGACCUGAGACUCAAGAUCCAUACGUUGACAAUAGAAACAGUAGAUUCUCUAAGCGCCAGCAAGGGGAAUAUACUUCUUUGGAAACAUUACCAUCGACUUCAAUUCAAAUGAAAUAUCCGAAGUUUGUGGAGAAAAAACAUUUGCCGUAUGGUGGGUCCAAGCACAAAUUUAUGGAACGUAAAGCCAAGAACCAAGAUGACGAUAUUAAGACUAUGGAGAAAGAGAAGACCCAUCGUGAAAGACAGCGUGGAGGUGCAAAACCAAAUUCAAGUGAAGAAGUGAAAGGGGUUUGUGCCUCCUCUGGGAAGACUAGUUCAGCAUCUGAGAUUCCAGAUUAUUUGACUAACUACGUCACUAUAGCUUCCUCUCAGCAACGUCAGCGUUAUGAGCAGGAAUUUAGAGAGGACUUUGAGGAAUAUAAUGUCUUGUACAACAAGAUGUUGACUUUAUCCAGCAUAUUUGUUUACCUAAGUUCCAAAAGGAAGCAAUUUUCCCCAGACUCAAAAGAAUAUCAGGAUAUUAAUAAGGAAAUCACACUAGAAUAUCAGAAGAUGAAAGAGAAGAACCCCACUUAUUCUGCAGAAAAAUGUAGAUGCCUGUAUCUUUACAACAAGCUGGUCCACAUUAAAAUGUUGGUAAAUAAUUAUGACCAACAGCAAGCAGAGUCAUAG